AUGCCGGAUCUAGUACCCGGAUACCCGGAUACCCGCGUCCCCGCUGAUCUUUUGCGCCGGACCUACCAAUUGCCAGAGUUCGACAAGGGCCCUUCCACGAAGCAUGCCAUGGAAUCGACCAACACUCCGAUGCGCCAGACGAGGGGAGGGACGCGAUCCUCUCUCGCAUGUUUGCCGUGUCGAUCAAAGCACUUGAAGUGCGACGGCAAGCGGCCCCAAUGCAGCAGAUGUAUUGAGUUCGAGAAGCAAUGCGACUUUGCCCCAUCGCGAAGAGGAGGGUUAGACCGGGCGGCCUUGGCGGAGAGACGCAAAAGGCUUGCCGCCGAAGUCCCUGAGUCUGAUUCGAAUGGAACCUCGACACCUCGCUCAGAGCAACUUGGCCAACAUCAAUCGGGAGAUGUCCCAACCCAAGUACAAGGCUGGGAAUUGUUGGACGACUUCAAUUUACUUGACGGGGCAACUCUCGGAAAUGAGUCAGCGCAGUCGAUUUCAAGAUCAUCGCCUCAUAGCCAUGCUGGAGACAUUGAAACGGACCCUUUGAUCAAGUCUUACUACAAGAGCUUUCACAACCUGCAUCCAUUUCUGCUACCACGAGCCGCCUUCCUUCGCCUUGUCAAGGACCCUCCCCCAAUGCUCAACUUCGGCCCACUAAUACCAGUGAUGCGCCUAAUCGGCAACAUCUAUCUCAUGCAAGAAUGGUCUGUCUCACUCAAGGACCAGGCGGAAGAAGGCUUACUGCAAUUAUCCCCAGAUAGUCCAGUACUGGUUCAGUAUCUUUUGCUUUAUUCCAUUGCCUUGUUUUGGAGUAACUUCAAAGAUGAAGCGAAACAUCAUAUGGACUGCGCCACAGAGGUUGCGGCACGUCUUGGGAUGCACAAAUCUGACUUCUCAGGGCAGUAUAAUGCCGGCGAACCAGUUCUUGAGGAGUCGUGGAGACGGACUUGGUGGAUGCUUUUUAUUAUCGAUGCAUACUAUGCUGGGACCUUGGGAACCAUGAACUUUAGAGUCGGGAACAUCGAGGCGACAGUCGAGCUUCCUUGUGAGGAGAGCGAAUAUGAGUCAGAGGCCAUCCCUCUACCAAAGACUUUGGAAGACUUCGACUCCAGAGAGUUCGCUCCUGACAGUGUUACUUUCUCAUCCUUCGCGUACCUCAUCAGCGCUGUGCGUUGUGCGGCGUUGGCGAUAUCUACCGUACCCAAGGUCGCAUCAAAGGAAGACUCUGCACAAGUACUUCAUUCAGCCGACUCAAUCAUCGAUGCGUGGUCUUUACUCCUUCCGAAAGAGCGUAGGAAUAUCAUGUCGAAAACAGGACAGAUUGAUGAGCUCAUGUUUCAGGCACAUCUUCUCGUUGGAGUGUAA